GUUAUUAUUGAAUUUGGCACGUGAUUUUACAUUCAUUUAUUUUAUUGUUCGCAACGGUGUUCAGCGUUAAUUUAAUUAUGGAUGCAAUACUCGACACGAUUCCUCAGUUAAUCAAGGAUAUUGAACAACUGGAGGAUUUGAAAGAGGAGAAGGAAAAUGAACGACAAGCGUUGGAAUCUCAAAACCAAAAACUCAGAUAUAGGUUGAAGUUUUUAAAAGAGGCUGUGGCUAAAGAAUCAAAUGAGGAAUCAAACACGGAUUCAGUAAAUAUUGAAGAUCACUCUUUGAUUAAUUUACAUUCUAUAUUAAUCAGUUUGUUUUCAAAUGCUAUUAAAAAAGCAUAUCCAACCUUAGAAGACAUUGGUCAACCUGCCGUAUCUGCGGGUAGUAAAUUUGCUGAUUACCAGUGCAAUGCGUCAAUGCAAAUAUGUAAACUACUGAAAGCAAAGGGUGAAAAUAUGUCACCUAAUGCAGUUGCUAAAAAAGUAGUGGAAUGUUUGGGAAAAUGUGAUAUUAUUGAAAAAGUAGACGUUUCUGGACCAGGAUUUAUUAAUGUAUGGUUGAGUCGUAAUAAACUAAGAGAUAUUUUACAACAUGUACUGGAAAAUAAAUUGAAGCCAAAACCUUUAACUAAUCGACAAAGGGUUAUAAUAGACUUUUCAUCUCCCAAUGUUGCUAAAGAAAUGCAUGUUGGUCAUUUAAGGUCAACAAUUAUUGGUGAUGGCCUAUGCCGUGUAUUCGAAUUUAUUGGUCAUGAUGUAUUGAGAUUAAAUCAUAUUGGGGAUUGGGGUACACAAUUUGGUAUGUUAAUUGCUCUACUUCAAGACAAGUUCCCUGAUUACAAGACUGUAUCUCCUCCUAUAAAUGAUUUGCAAGAGUUUUAUAAACAGUCCAAAGUCCUUUUUGAUAGUGAUUUAGAGUUCAAAAAACGGGCAUAUGACUGUGUUGUAAAAUUACAAAGUAUGUCACCUGAUCAUGUUCAAGCUUGGAAAUUAAUUUGUGAUGUAUCAAGAGAAGAAUUUCAAAAAAUAUAUAAAAGAUUAAAUAUCAACAUUGUUGAAAGAGGAGAAUCAUUUUACCAAAGUCGGAUGGAAAAUUUAGUUAAAGAUUUGGAAAACAAAGGAUUUUUGGAGAAUGACGAUGGUAGAAAAAUUAUGUGGAGUCCAGAGUCCUCUAUACCAUUAACCAUAGUAAAGUCUGAUGGUGGUUUUACAUAUGAUACAUCAGAUAUGGCAGCAUUAAAACAGAGAAUUGAAGAAGAAAAGGCUGAUCGUAUUAUUUAUGUCACUGAUUCUGGACAGAGUGUACAUUUUGAAACAUUAAAAAAAUGUGCAAUUCACUCUGGUAUUCUAGAUCCAUCUAAAGUACGUAUGGACUUUGUUGGUUUUGGUGUAGUGUUGGGUGAAGAUAAGAAAAAGUUUAAAACCCGUUCUGGUGAUACUGUUCGCUUAGUUGGUCUUUUAGAUGAAGGUAUAAAAAGAGCAAGAGAUAAACUAGUAGAAAAAGGCCGUGACAAAGUAUUAACCGAUGAAGAGUUAAAACUAGCAGAAACAGCUGUUGCUUAUGGUUGUAUUAAGUAUGCGGAUUUAUGUCACAAUAGAAGUCAUGAAUAUGUAUUUUCUUUUGAUAAAAUGUUGGAAGACAAAGGAAAUACAGCUGUUUAUUUAUUGUAUGCCCUCACAAGAAUAAGGUCUAUUAUUAAUAAUUUGGGUACUCAUACUCAGGACUUGAAUGAUCCUAUUUCACUAGACCAUGAUAAAGAAUGGAAAUUAGCCAAGACCUUGUUACGGUUCUCCGAGGUACUGUCAAAAAUCACUGAUGAUUUUUGUCUCCAUCAUUUAUGCGAAUAUCUUUAUGACGUGGCUACAACAUUUAAUGAGUUUUAUGACAAUUGUUAUUGUAUUGAAAAAAAUUCUCAAACUGGCGAAAUUGUCAAAGUGUAUACUGGAAGAAUAUUACUGUGUAAAAUCACAGCAGAGUACAUGGAUACAGGAUUAACUCUAUUGGGCAUCAAUACAGUAUCUCGAAUGUAGUGUAAAUUUCUAAACGUAAACUAAAUACUAUUUUUUUUUUAACAUAAUUUUGAUUUAUACCUAGUUUCAUCUUUCAAAACAAUUAAAGUAAAUUCCAUAUGAAUACUUCUGAUAUUUGUCUAAAUAUUAAAUAAGAUUGUAUUUAUUUCUAGGCUCUUACAUAGUACAUCAUAAUAUAGUAUAAAUUUAAAUUCUGUGAAAUAAUUUUAAACCAUUUUUAAAAAAAAUUA